AUGGCUGCCACAGCAAAUGCUGCUGUUGAAGGACAAGACACAUCCAAAGGGGGCGAGGCUCCGGGUGCCGACCUCAGACCCCUGCCAGAGCAGCUGGCAGCUCAGGAGGAGGCAGCAGUGGAAGAAGAAGAAACAGGGCCAGAUUUAGGGACAAAGCGCCAGUACUUGGUUGUCAUGAGGCACGGCGAGCGCUUAGACGAAAUUGAUGUCAGCUGGAGAGCGCAGUCGAAGAGACCAUGGGACCCCCCACUAAGUCCCAAGGGAGAAAAGCAGGCUUCAGAUGUUGCUGCCAAACUUAAGCAGUUCGACUUUGGACGUGUGUACAUCUCUCCAUUCCUGAGGACCCUGCAGACAGCUACAAAUGCUUGUGAAGGGCUGGGCAUCCCCCCAGAGAAGUGGACCGUGACCUGCUCCGUGUCAGAGUUUCUGAACCCCGGCAUCCUCGUCAAGAAGCCCGCAAAGCUGCCAGAGGGGCACAUCAACACAUGGUUCUGGGAGAAGGGCAACAUGGAGGAUACUCUGAAGACCAAGGUCCCCAAAGGAUAUGGUUCAAGGGUGAAGCUGGGUGAGAAGGAGUUUGGCCGCUACCCUGAAAACUUGCUGAACUCCAGAGUGCGCUACAGCCGGGCAUUCCAGAAAAUUGCAGACGAGGCAGACGGAGAGAGCGUGCUUGUUGUUGCACACUGGGAUGCAGUCAGCGGUUCUGUCGCACGGUUGCGGCCGUGGGCCAUCUCUGAUCGCGUCAUUCAUACAGGCUUCACGGUCGCUUACAGGGAACAGAUGCUGGAUGGCACAUGGGGAAAGUGGCAUCUGGAGACCAAGAACGGCGAGGAUGGCGUGCACUGGGUUGAAGCUUUCAAGCCAUUGUACAUUGCUGGGUCAACAGGGAGGAAAGUGUACAAGGCAGCUUCCGGUCUUGUAGGGAAGAUCAAUCCUUUUUAUCACAGGAAGCACCACAACACCAGCAGCAGUGAUGUGAAGUCAUGA